CAGAUACCGGUGUGACCUUUAAUGAAUAUUCAAGUCGAUUAGUUCAGGCGAAGACAAUGACAGACGGCAACAGUGACUCGGCCGACGAAACCUUUGGAAGCAGCGCCUCUCGCCUCAAUUCCUCGGACACAGCUAGCAACGAUGAUCUUGCGAGUUCCUCCGACACGACUAGCACCACUAGCAUAACCGGCCUCGCUGCUCUGACGACCCGGAACUGUUCAUUUAUCUCCACUAGCCCUACAUCCGCGAGUUCUCCCGAUCCGGCUAAUUAUCCCGCUAGUCUCGGCGACUCGGCUAGCAGCGGAGAUCCAGGGAGCCUCAUGAACGCGACUAGCUAUCGCAGCUCAACUAGCCUUCCUGAAGCGGCUAUGCACGAAGAUUCAGCUCCUCUCGGCAAUGCGGCGAACCUUACCGCUACUGACGGAGGAUUCCCCGCCACGCCCCUGCCACGAAGCUCGCCUCUCGCGCCCACUUCCAGCGCGAUUCCUUCUUCCUUCACGUCGCCGACGUCAGCGCCUCCUUCGGCCAUCUCUCCUCGUCCCUCCUUGCCUUCGUUCUGCUCUUCGUCUGUUUCUCCUUCCGUUCCUUCUUCUUGUUCUUCGUCUGGAUCUCCUUCCGUUCUCUCUUCUUGUUCUUCGUCUGUUUCUACCUCCUCGGCCAUCUCUCCUCGUCCCUCCUUACCUUCGUUCUGCUCUUCGUCUGUUUUUCCUUCCGUUCCUUCGUCCUUUUCUUCGUGA